CGGGGCAUCGGUUCCUUCGUGCGAAUUAUAUGUUCACUGCAGGGCCGGUCAUCGACCAAAGCGCACGUUGUCUCUCGCUCGUGCACGGACCUGCCGAAAAUUUCCUUCAAAUCGCUUCGACAUCCACGAAGAUAAAGGGGUGAAGGUACCCCGAAGAGAUUCGUCGCGUUUAUUUGCUCGGUGAUGCACAUUUGACGACCGCGAAGACUGAUUGAGUAUAUAGGUGCCACGCUAAUGAGAUGUUGCGUAUUUUCGUGAUAAAACAUAUCUGGGAUUAAUUAAUGUAGAAAAGCAAUGCGAGUUUGAGUGUUGGUGAAAUUUAAGAGUGUUUCAUGUGGAAGCAGGCUUCAUCCGUUGUUCAUUGAUUCCUACGUGGAACGUUGAAUGUUGACUUCAAGCACAUCAGGGAACGAUAGUAUGAAGAAGAAUUUCACUUGGAAACAACGACUGACCAGCGAAAAGUAAGACGCUAAUUUGGCAUGCUUCCAUCUCCAAUCUAAGAAGUGGCGCGAAAAAUUUCAAGGAGUGCGUAAUAGAAUCUACUCAAAAAUUCUGAUUUCGCCGUUCAUUUCAAAGACAUCUAUUCACAAAGAUCAUCUAGCAAACAUGUCUCGAGUCCCUCUCAUGACUUCGGAAAACAGCCUACAGGACACGGAUCGUUGCACCACGGUGAUGCUCGAGGCUGGCUUGCCUGGCGAUUCGUGGACGUAUUGUGUCGAGCGUGAAAGACUGGCUAGAAGGUCGGAAUGGUUUCGGGCAAUGCUAACAGGCCCCCUCGCACCACCACUGGCGAAUCCGCCACCGUCGUUGCAGUUACAGCAUGUGGACAAGCGAGCGUUCGAUCAUUUUCUCAGAUACCUUCACGACGAACCAGUGAAUUUUAUAUCGGUGUCGACAGCCAGGGCCACGCUCGACGCGGCCCAUCAGUACCUCUGUUCCGGACUCGCAAACCUCGCCGUAGCCUACCUGGAGGAGCAUCUGACGCCAUCGACCGUGCUCGAGAUUUAUCAGGGUCUUCGACUCUAUGCGAACGAGCCGGUAGAACGAUCCGGCUUCAGCAGAUCGCCCAUCUCGCCAACAGCACCGCCACUGCCUGGGGACGACGCCGGCCAAAUCGCUGCUGUAUGCACCCGUCUUCUGCUCGGGUGCUUGUCCGUGAUAGACUCGAAUCCGGCGGCAGUGUUGCAGCAGGAACGCUUCGAAGAGCUCAGCGCGCAGGAGAUUCUCCAAUUAGCCAGCCGUGAUACUCUAAACCUCACCAACGAGUUUAUUCUCUUUUCCGCGUUGGACAGGUGGGCCGCGGCCGAGUGCAGGCGACAAGGUAUCGAACCUGUGCCAGUCAACAAGAGAGCUGUUCUCUCGGAUGACAUUUGCUUUAGCGUGCGGUAUCUACUCAUGAACGAUCAUGAAUUCCUCAAUGGUCCAAUGGCGAGCGGCAUCCUGACUAAUGACGAGUGCGUGCACAUCGUCUUCAAGAUCCUCGGGCACUCUAAUAACCCGGAAAACAAUCAUCUCCCGGGUACUACAGCUGUUCAUCCGUCCAGAUUAUGCAAUACACCUAGAAUUAAGGCGUGCAGGAUGGAAGAAGACGAAGACCGCAAUGCAUUGAAGCCGGGAAAAAAGGAGCGGCAGGAUAAUCGGAAAAAUAGAAGAAAGGAGUGCGUCAGUCAAGGACAAAGAACGUGCGCUAGAAUCGGAAAUUGCCUCAUACAAAUCCUAGCUUGCGUAUUCGACUAAACAAUAACGCGAUUACAAUUAAAUGCAGGGGGUUUCGAUUGUCCCACCGAGAAGAAUGUUACGUUACCCCCUUUGUCACUGUCUUUUCGGUUGCAACUUUAGCUGGAGGAAUAAAGGAAUACGAAAUGACGAAGUUAAAAACAAGAACUUCAGAUAUUCAAGUCUGAAGAGCGAAAAAUAGUAACAAAAUACUCAAUUAUUUAUGCAAGUUAUCCAACUACCAAAUCUAAGUUUUACAGGUGAUUCGGUUUCUGUGUGAGUGUUGCAUCAUUAAAGCUCAUAAAGUUUCGACUCAAAGAUUGAACUCUCAACGAAAUAUUCAUAAAGAUUCCUCGCUAAUAUUGUAACUUUGCGUUUCUCUCGCAGACGUGAAAAGACGUGUGAUUCUCGUCGUAAUCAUGGAAUAUUAUUAAAAAUAUGACGCGAUUACACGAAUCAGAAAUAUUAAAGAACUCUGUAAAAGAUUUAGGCGAUAUUUUUAAUGGCGAUAGAGACUGAAAUGUCUAGAAACGUUUUUGUUAUGUUUUUAGAGAUGUAUUUAAAUCUUCGACGAAUUUUUAUCAGUAAGAUACUAUUUUUAAGAAGCAAACGUGCGCACAUAGGCUCGUUGGAACUUUUCUACUGCGUGAAAAUUUAAAACUGUUGUAUCCCGCUUCCAUUGUUAUUGUAAAAAACAUUUUGUCGAUUACACAUGCUUUGUUACUUUGUUACUGAGACGUUUUGUGCUUUCGUUUGCGGCUACGCGCGCAAACUCUACAAUCUUUUAAUACUGUCAUAAAAUAAAUUCACGUUUUCUACUUUGAUGAUUUUUUUUUUCUACUUAACAAUAAUACAAAUUUUUCAAUGUCCAUUUUACAAGGAAAUGAGACUUUCCGAAACUUUAAUUGGAUGAUUAUCAAGAGAAGAUAUUCUAUUUGUAUAAACAAAUUCUUGUUGGUCCAACUAAUAUAUGUAUCUUUUUCUUCGUAAAUCUGACGAAGAAAAGUAUGCUGCGUGUGCUGCGUAAGUCAUAUGAAAUUUACGUCAUUACAAGUGUGUGCUCUGUUACGUGUUAUUACGAUAUCUUCGUUGUGUUCAUAAUUGCUGUUUAGAGUAUAUGAUCUUUAAAUUAUCUGUAAUGAAGCAUAGUAUGCAGAAUCAUGGCUGGCCCAUGGCUGGACCAUGGGUGUAAAAAUUGAGAACAAUAUUUAAAGAUAUAUAUUAUCUUACAAAUCGAAUCGAGAAUUGUCAAAAAAAGAAAUCUUUAACCAUUUUGAUACCUCCAAUUAACUUUUGAAAAUUUUAUCUUUCUUAUUUAUCAAAAGCUUCGACAAUUUUAGAGCAUCUCUAGAUAUAUAUCAAUUUAACGUAUAAGAAUGUGAUUACAAGUUGGAUAUUUUAGACCAAAAGUUUAGAAAAUUUAACGUGUGGUUAAGUAUGAUCAUCUUGAAAAUAGCAAUUGUUUUACAUUGGCAGACACUUAGCAAACUUUUACAACUUUACAUUUAUGCAAUUUAUACGUUGCCACUUAUAAAUAUGGUUUAUUUUUAAUUGAACGUUAGUUCGCGAAUCUUGCGCUUUUUUAGCGUAUGCUUUGAUAGAGUUACAGACUGAUCCACGCGCGCGGUCAUGCUUAUAUAUUUAAAACUUCUGUGAUCAUUGAGAGAAAAUAGGGAACCUAUUCAAAUGGACGAACGCAAGCGGCUUCAAAUGUGUUCCACUUAUACUCUUGUUUAUACAGAACUCGUGAUAUGUCAGUAUCGUUUUGUACUUUUGUUACAAAACCUGACAAAAGCGCGACUAGACCGAUGCACAUUCAACCUCGUUAAUGUGAAUGGUAUUAUUAGAAAAACUGUCAGCACUAGUCAGUAGAUUUGUUGAUAUAGGUCGAUUGCCAAACGCAUGUUUUGAUUCCUUGUGUAUUAAUAUUAAAAUACGUUCAACGGCGUGAAUGUAAAAUACAUAUGAGAUAUUUAAGAUAGAGUAAAGAUAGAGUAUAGUGUCUGUGUUGUAGUUACGAUUUGGUAUUUAGCAAAUUGUUGUGCGAUGGAGCUCAUGAAGGAACAGUGUAAAUAAAAUGCAUACAAAGAAUAU